AAAUAGAUUUUGUUCAGGAAAUACUAAAAGGGAACCAAAAAUGAAUAUAAUCGGACAAGGUAGAAGUACAAAUAGAGGGGGAGGACGUACCACCCCCAAUUAAAUAAAUGAAAAUUAAAUAUAAAGUAAUAAAACAAAAUAUAUAAAAAUAUAAUGUAAUAUAGUAAUUAAAUAUGUAAUAAGAAACAUAAAAUAAAUUAAAUGUAAUAAUGCUAGUACGUAAUAAAAAUAUAAAUAAUCAACAAUUAGUAACAAAUAAGAAAAUAUUUUAUUUUUUUUAACAUAAAUAAAGGUGUUAUUAGUUAAAUGUACUAACAAAUUUUAAAAAAAUUAGAAGGGAAGUCAAAUUCGUCAUCAUGGACUUUGAGUUUUCCAUGAUGAAUAGAACAAGUAUGGUUUUAAUAUCUGGAGCCAUAUCAAACAGUUUGGACAAGUGCAAAAUUCGGAAGCUAGAGGGAAGACCGAUCCUCUUACCACUUCAUGAACAAGUAAGAAUAAUGAAAGUUCAUGAAUUACUGUUGGCAAGGAAGGAAAUUAAGCGGAUCUUCAAAUGCAAAGAGGUACUCCGGACGGCUUGUCUUAUGCAACUUGAUAAAAGUAUGAGUUCGAAAUUAAAUAAUUUAACACCGGAAUUCAUAGAAAACUAUAUAACAAGUGGAGAUAAAAUUAAGGUAAUAGUAUUGUGGAAUGGACAUUCUGAUAGAAAUGUACUAAAAAGGUUAAAUAUAGACAAAUUUGAAAUUUUAAACAUAACGUGUUAUGAUAAGAGUCUCACGCAAGAAUUUACAGUACAAUUUGAGAAAUUAAGAACGAAAGAAAUAAUAUUUGAAUACGAUAUAGGAUCGUUUCAAAAAAAUGGUAGAUUAUUGAAUUUGGAAGAAACACAUAGUGUAAUGUGUACGAAAAAACAUAGAAUGACGUAUGCUCACGACCCGAAAACGGACGUGAGACUUACAAAAUGUGUUUUCAACAAAAUGGUAGGGAAACAGGGAUACGCAAAUUUAAUAAAACAUUUUAAUUAAAGUAACACCGUGAGGCACCUAUCAUACAUGUUAAUAAAAAAAAAAAAAAAUAAAUAAAUAAAUAAAAAUAAAAAUAAUAAUUCAAAUGAGUUGAAUUACAGAAUAUAAACAAAUGGAAAUAAGAUUAAAAAAAAUCGGUACGGCAUAUAACAAUGAGUCAUGUGAUCUAAUAUUAUUACAUUUUUGAUCGGUGGUUCGUUGUUAUAUCCCGGACGGACUAAAACAUUCGAGGAAAGAAAUAGAGACAUUUGAUCAGUUGGUGUUUCGUUCAAGGGUUAGGAAUAUAUAAAUCGGAACAUUGAACGCAAGCAUUAACGGAUUAAAUGGCUA